ACCACAUACACCCCUCUUUCCUUUGUGAGAGAGAGAGAGAGAGAGAGAGAGAGAGAGAGAGAUCAGAGGUAAGAAGAGUGCAAGAAGAAAUGUUCCCAUCCACUUCCAAGGGGGUGAUGAACCAAGGUCUGGUGGAGAAUCCAGAGAUAAUGGCGACUUCUCAUAUGGGUUUCAACCUCCAGGCCUCACAUCUUCCUCUGACCUUCUCUCCCUACUCUCUCAGCAAGACUUGCACUGUGGGAGGAGAAGAUGCUGUCUCUCGCUUGAGGGGAAACCUACCCUCCUUGCCACCGGAUCAUGGAAACGAUGGCUCAGGUCGUCUUGGGCAGUCACCGACACAAAGAUCAAGUAGUGAUCUAUGGUCACGCACUGGAGAUAGGGCAGCCAGCGACAAAGGAUCAUCUGUGGCUGCAGGCGAGUAUUACAGUAACAACAAGAACGGUCCUGCUGCCAACAACAUCAUCAUCGACGGUCUAUCUGUUGGUGCUAUGAGGAUGAAGAAAGUUAAGGUGAGGAGGAAGGUGAGGGAACCAAGGUUUUGUUUCAAGACCAUGAGCGAGGUGGAUGUCCUAGAUGAUGGCUACAAGUGGAGAAAGUACGGGCAGAAGGUUGUGAAGAAUACCCAGCAUCCAAGGAGCUACUACCGGUGUACACAAGAGAACUGCCGGGUCAAGAAACGGAUCGAACGGAUGGCAGAAGAUCCGCGCAUGGUGAUCACCACAUACGAGGGCAGGCACGUGCAUUCUCCAUCGCAUGCGGAGGAGGAGUCCCAACCUUCGUCGGAGGUCACUCUCUUCUGGUAGCUAAUUGAUUCCCAGCGUGCUGUCCAAAGUCUCGACUACUCACUCGAGUUCUACAAAUUCUUCCGAUGCAUUAAGACACACACACUCUCUCUCUCUCUCUGCCUCUCUGUGCUGUCAUGUUUGUAUGUUAGAAAGAGCUUGUAGAACAUUUGGUUUCUUCGACUUUCCAUAUUGUGCAGACUGAUCAUGUUGGUGUGAGAGUAAAAGAUGCUUUAGCUGUGCAACCUUUUGCCAUGACCUCCCUUAUCCCUGUGGAUAAAGAAGGCCGGAGGAGACUGGUAACUGUUCUUCGACAUUCCUCGUGGUGGCUCAUAGGUCAUGCAGUGCCUCACCCACACGGAUCUAUCAAUACAUAUAACUUGAAAGUAUGCGGUCCUUUGAUCUCCUAAGUUAAUUUGCUCGCAAGGAGAAGGGAGUGAGCGUGGAGUUCAUUUGCUCGACUCCAAACACGACGUGGUGCCAUAACACAGUGGGAAAAUUUCGAGUUUUCCGAAGGAAUCAGAGAACCACUACAAUUAGGGCCGGACAUACAUGGGUCACUUCCAAGGACCCAGGUUGCCGAUCCAACAGAAGUCAGCCCCCAACGCCUACGAAUCAAAAUUAGGAAGAAGGCGUCCCAGCCUUUCGCAGACCACAUUCCUGCAGUGCGCGCAUCUGCAGUGCAAAAAAUAGAUGCGGCACAACCAAGAUCCACGGUGCGUCACUCGCCAUCCCGUUGUCAUCGAUCGGGGAUAGUACGAUCUGAAGCCGCGGGGUGAUGGUACCUCGUGUCGCGCCGUCCUCUCCUUUCGCCCCUCACCUCGUGCCUCUGAUGCCGAUAUUACUGGGUCGUUGGACCGCCGGGUUCGUCGUCGAUACGGAGGAACCCCUCCCUCUUUUGAUCUCUAAUCAAGAGGCCUAAUUCGUCGCUAUGGUGGGAAGCGGGGAUUUUGAUUAGGUUUUGUUGCAACGGCACGUAUGUUUAUGGAUUGCGGAUCAGGUUUCCUUGGGAAUUUUCCAUGUCACGGCAUCUAAUUCCAGUCGGGAAGCUUUCUAAAGAUUUCUUUCCUGCUUUUUAGCGCGGGAUUCAGGUUUCAUGUGUCUGAUUUGGUAAAAGGGAACCCAAUAUUUGAGGAGCCAACUGGAACUCUCUCCUAGAUCUUCAUGUUGUAGAAGAAUCCACGUGGCUCGGAUGAGCAGCUUCUCCAAUGAUAUCAACAGUGGAAGGAGGAUUUUUUUAAAUUCAUCUUCAGGCUAUAGCAAAGGUCUCUCUCAAUAAUCCUAGGCUACAGAAAUGAAUGAGAACCCACAAAUUUUUCCCUGGAGAUAGUAUCAAUUGGUCGAACAAGAAGUUCAUCCUGAUUUACAGCUGGCUUCCAGAAAAGACCAAGUCUCUCGUGGAUGCGCUUCCUUCGUCUGUUUUUCCGAUGCCUCCGCAGGAGUGAACGUAACAUUUCCCCCCAAAAUGCGGUUGAUGAGGACAAAAGAAAUAUGCACCUGAAGAGUAGCCUGAAGAAGCCAUUCGCGGAUGGUUCUGUUUUGGGCAUUCAAGCUGUUGAUUCAAAUGACUCAUUGAGAGAAUUACCAAGUGGAUUUACCAAAAGAUGCAAAGUCCAGUGGACCGAUACAAAUGGUAAUGAGCUUGUGAAAAUUAAGGAGUAUGAACCCAGUGACGACUCCUCAUCAGAUGAUGAAUUUGGAUAUCAUGGUGGCAAAUGCCAAUGUAUUAUUCAGUAGAUCUCUUCUUUGCUGUGGAUAAAGGGGCAUGCAAUAUUGGGCAAUUUUGAUCUCCUUCAGGUCAACUGUAAGAUCAUGCUGCUUGUUUUCUUGACUAUUCAUGAACUCCUAACUUCAUUGGACUUGCCUGCAUUUACUGACUUCUGUUGUACUUGUGUAUCAUUGUAUUGAUUGGGGACAAUUUCUGUUGUAUACCCUUUUUUUUUUUUUUAUGCAUCCACUAUACCUUGAUUAAACUCUUCAGCUAUUCUUCAUUCUAGAUUUAUAUUUUCACAA